CACCUUGUGCUUCUCUUCCUCUCAGCUCUCCCUCACUGUUUUUAACGGUUGCUGACAUUAACAGCGCAAGAGCUCAUGGACACCCAGUGAAGAUGCAAGUUGGAAGAUUUAGGACAGAUAAAAGGAAGGACUUCUUCAUGCGGAGCAGAGUCAAAUUGCGGAACUCCCUCCCACAGGAUGCAGGGAAGGCUACCAACUUGGAUGGCUUUGAAAGAGGCCUGGACAAAUUCAUGGAGAAACCUGCCCUUGGCUACUAGCCAUGAUGGCUAGGCUUUGCUUCCUCAGUUGGAGGCAGCAAUGCACCUGAAUGCCAGCAACUGCUUAUAUACAUUCCUGAAAGCCUGGGCCACUCCCACUCCCAACGUGAUUGGCUGCCUAAACUUCCAAACUGCGAAUCACGACUCAGGGUUCAAGAGCCAAUGGCAGAGGCCCAAAUCCUGAACUGUUAUGUGACUGGACAACAUUUAUCGAAUCAGAACACAGGAGCUCAGAAUCCUUAGUCCAGACUCUCAAGCUCAGGCAAACACAAACCACUAAAUACAUAACAGGGCUCUUGAGCUUAAGUGUUGCUUGAUGGUUUCCCACAGGCACCUGAGAAAAACAGGACGCUGGGCAAGAUGGGUCAUUGGCCUGAUCCAGCAGACUCAUCUUACGUUCUAAUAAUUUUGUUGUGGCAUCAACCUGUCUCGAAAGACAAUGGAGUGCGCCUCCAGGGGUGAAGUGAAGCCACUGCAUUAGAAUCACCGAAGUGACCUCCCUGGGGCGCAAGCCUGGGCAGUGUGUCCUAGACUGCCCAGAUGAAGUCCUAGACUGCCCAGAUGAUGAUCCCCCCUGCUCGGACUUGCUGAUAUGAUCCAAAGGGAAGCAGAGCAAGACAUUUGGCCUCAGCUUGCGCCCCAGGAGUUGCUGGAAGGAGGCGCCAUCCAACUGCCUUAGGGAUGCCCCUCCGGAUUUGCAGAAAAACAGAGAAAUGAAUGGAAGAGUUGGGGGAAAAUGAGCAACGAUGGGAACCCGGGACUGACAGAUCCGCCGGAUCCCUGGAGAAACCGGGGAUUGAACCCAGAACCUUCUGCAUGCAAAACAGAUGCCCUGCCACGGAGCCAGGCUGCCCAGCCGCCUGCCCAUCCCUUUCUGUGGAAAAUGCAGGUGCUUUUGUAUGCCAACCGCCACUUAUCAGAUCUGACUUUUGUAAUCAUCACAACACGGGCGCUACAAAAAAGGACAAAGACGCAGACGGAGCAGGCAGUACAGGCUGCAUGAGAUGUGGAGGUGCUUGGGGGGGCUGUGAGCUUGCUUUUCCUACCCCACCCCAAUCUUGAUCUUUUCAAUAGCAGCCGGUCCAGGGACAGAAAUCUGUGGACUCCUGGACUUCCUCAGGACCCACAAGGGCCCAGCAACCUACAGAGGCCGGAGAGCUUUUCCCUAACAGCGUCGGCAUGGCUGCUGCUCCAUAAUGGCUGCCUAUGACCAUUCGCUGUCCAUGCUGCAGCAGCCCCUCCGAGCCACGAAUGCGACAUCGUCUCCAGCCCUGGACAUCCCUUACUUGCUGAGCGAGAGCCUGAUUGCACUGUUCUCCAUCGUGGGCAACGUCUUCAUCUGCGCCGUCGUCCUACAGAGCAGGAAGCUGCGGGCCGUCGUCACAAACUACUUCCUUGUCUCCCUGGCCGUGGCAGACGUCUUGGUUGGGGCGGUGGUCAUCCCUUUUGCCCAGUUUACCAACCUGGGCUUGCCCCACUACCGGUCGCAGCUCUGCCUCCUGAUGCUGUGCAUGCUGCUGGUGUUGACGCAAGCCUCCAUCUUCGGGCUGCUGGCCAUCGCCGUCGAGAGGUACAUCUCCAUCCUGAAGCCUUUCCAGUACAAAUCCUGGAUGAGCCCCCUCAACUCCCUCCUGGUGAUCUUGGCAUCCUGGGUGCUGGCCCUUCUGAUCGGCCUGCUGCCCAUGAUGGGCUGGCACAAGCCUUUGCCGGCCAGCGGGGAGUGCCUCUUCAACGACAUCAUCACAAACACCUACAUGGUCUACUUCAACUUCAUGGCCUGCAUGCUGGCUCCUCUGCUGGUCAUGAUGGUCCUGUACGGGCGCAUCUUCCUGGAGGUCAAGCAGCAAAUCCGCAAGGUGGCCGAGGGGGAGGUGGAUGUUAGCGCCCAGGAGAGGCGCCGGAUGAUUGUCCGCAAAGAGCUGCAGACAGCCACGUCGCUGUUCAUCAUCCUCUUUUUCUUCACCGUCUGCUGGCUCCCGGUCCACAUUCUUAACACAGUCAUGCUGCUCUGCCCCACCUGCCCCAUCCCGAACCAGCUCAUCCUGACCUCCAUCAUCCUCUCGCAUGCCAACUCCGCCAUCAACCCGGUCAUCUACGUCUUCCGCAUGAGAUCCUUCCGGGAAGCCUUCGAAAGAGCCUUUUCGGGCAUCUGCUCCUCCUCCACCACGGAUGCCUUCUCCGUGUCCAGGAUAACACCUUCCAUUGUCUCGGAGGUGCCUCUUCGGAAUCUAUCUUUGCCGGGGAAGUGAAUGCAGCGCCUCAGCUUGAGGCUGGCGGGGGUGGAAGGCAGGAGGCCGACAGCAGGUGGCGCCAGAGCCGAUGGCAGGUUGUAGGCAGGGAGGCAGGCAAGUAGGGGGUUGGCUGAGGGUGACUGAGGUUGGUGGAGCAGUGCCCCCGUUCACCCUAAUGGACCAGCCUCCACUACAACUUCAUGAUGUAAGCGUCCACCUGCACGGCAGUACAGAACAGAGAUAGGUGAAGAUGUCGAGUUUCACUCCGUUUCUAAUCUUCCCCACCUUAAAUUCUGCUCUCUACAUUUCCUCCACAGCUAGCAUUUUUCAUUAAGGAGUCCUCACAGAAUUUCACCGGCAUUUUAGUGAAAAUUUCUCUUGCAUGUACACGCUUGUAUGCACCUUUCCCUAACAGGCGCGUUUUUGCAAGGCAAUUUCCCUUAAUAGAAUGCAUUUUGGAACAUCGUUGUUGCUCACCUGUGCCUUAAUAUGCACACUCGGCCCUGAUAUGGGCAUUUUUGUGCCACGUGACUUUUUGCAUUGCAAAAUUCAGAGAAAUGCAAAUUUCAAAGGGCGGCUGGGUUUCAGUCCACAUUUCAGAAAGUACAAGCUUACUUUUAAUUGCGAAGUGACUCAAAUUCCCAUCCCACCCCUAAGAGCACUCCAGGUCAGGGUUCCAGCCAGGCUAGUCAUACCCUUUCCCGGACACUCCGUUCCAUUUAAUUCCAUUUCGUCCCUUAUCCAACAAUCUGUUGCAUCCCAUGUCCCCUGGGCAUGCUCAGUUGCCAAUGGGGUGUUUUUGGGUUUCUAAACCUCCCCCACCAACUUAUGCAAAGCUUGAGAGUUCCUCUUAAAGUUCCUCUCCCCCUGGAGGACAGGUUGGGCUGUUUCAGCUACUGUACAUCAGAAUAUACAUGUUUUGCUAUUGGUACAUAGCAUAUGAAUUGUGUGCUGUGGGAAGGUCUUCCAUCUGACAUUGUUUUAACUGGACUAUUCCCUUGAUUUGUGUGCUGGGGGUGGUGGCGGCUAGGAUUAUUGGGGGGUGGGUGGGUGGCACCAGCUCCCUUCCCACCUUUCAUUAAUUUUAUAAACCGGCUGCUGCAUGAGAUUUGGUAUGUACGUUCUCCACAAGAGGGUGCUCCAAGUCUUUGGAUACAUUUAAUUCCCCAUUCCCCAUCCUAUGCUGCCCAUCGCCACUUUUAAUUCGUGAAGAGAGAAAGCAGAGCACCAGCUAGAUCAGGGGUCAGCAAACUUUUUCAGCAGGGGGCCGGUCCACUGUCCUUCAGACCUUGUGGGGAGCCGGACUAUAUUUCGGGGGGGGGGGGAAUAUGAACAAAUUCCUAUACCCUACAAAUAACC